ACGAAAACCACAAGAAAACUUUGAAAAUUAUCAUACACAAACCUUUAUUUUUUUCUUUUACGGUGUUAAAGUCUCUGUCAACACAAUUCACCUAUGUGUACUCUCAUAUGAGUUUCCCCGGAAUUCGUCUUGCUUCCUCUUGUUCAUUCUGAAUCACCGGAUAGAUAACUUUUGUCGCUUGGAACACCCAAAUGGAUGCAAUCCAAAGGCAGAAAAUCUAUGUUGCUGUUGGUAAUGAUGUGCAGGAUGGAUUCAAGACUUUGAAUUGGGCUCUCAAGAAAUGGAAUUCUCAUCCAAUUUCCAUUGUUAUUCUCCAUGUGACACAUAAUAGUCCAAAUGAUUAUGUCCAAACACCAUUUGGGAAACUUCCAGCAAGAUCUGUGAGUGAAGAGAAGCUACAAAUUCUAAGGAAAGAUGAGCAAGAGAAAAUCAACAAGCUGCUUUCUAAGUAUGUUGCUUUCUGUGGCAAGGUGUCAGCAGAGAUUGUUGAAGUUGAGAAAUUUGAUGAACCUAUGCAAAAGCACAUCAUAGACUUGAUCUUUGGUCUAGGAAUAACAAAAUUGGUCAUGGGAUUUUCAUUCAUGAAGCCCUCCAUGAAAUCAAAAGGUGCCAUUAGUGGAUUGUUCUAUGUUCAUCAGCACAAGCCUGGCUUCUGUGAAUUGUUCAUUAUUUGUGGAGGGAAGCAAGUUUUCCUUAGAGGAAAAAAUGAUGAGAAAAUCAUGGAGGAUGAUCAUGGGGUGAUGGUUGGCAGAAUGAGAGAUAAGGUAACUUUCAAAGAUUGGCUAGACAAAUGGUUCAAUGACAAAACCAACGAUAGUAGAAGUGCAUCACUUUCCUCAUCCAAUUUGGAGUCCCCUGUGAACGAAAACCAAUGGGAAUUUUACCUUCAGGAAAUUGAAAAUUAUUAUCAAGAAUUGUUGUCUUCUAAGACAGAGGAAGGAAGCUGCGUGCUAGAUAAUGACGACUCACAGACUGGUCCAAUUGAACCACAUGUCACCGAAAACAACAAUUCUAAGAGUGCUGCGGAAAAAAUUGAAAUUCUGAAAAAUAAGGUGAAUGAAGCUCAUGAGAUAAUCCAAUUAAAGAAGAAAGAGGCCAAGGAAAGCAUAGAGAGGCAGACAAAAGCUGAAUGGGCAAUUUGUUUAUGCAACUGUAGGGCUGAAGAAGUGGAAAAUCGAAUACGGGAAGAGGUGAGUGCGAGGGAGGAGCUAAAGAAGGAAAUGGAAGCGGAGAGAGAGCAAAGAGAGGAGAUGAGAAUAGAGGUGGAAGAGAGAAAGAGAAGGCUUAGUUCGCUGACGGAGGUGCAGUCGGAGCUGUCGGACAGGCUCCGCAUAUGGACGGCGGCGGAGACGCGGGCGGAGACGCAGCUGGAGAAGGCGGUGGGAGAGAGGAGAGAGAUGGUGAGGGAAAUAGACGAGUUGCGGAGGCAGAGGGAUGUGUUGAACAGAAGGAUCGAGUUCUGCAAGCACAAGGACGCCAUCGGAAUGGCCGCUAGACUCGCCGACACGUGCUGCAUGUUCAGGGAGUACACGGAGGAGGAGCUCCGCUUGGCCACCGAUAACUUCUCCGACCGCCUCAGGUUGAAGUCCGGUGGCGAUUGGACCAAUGUGUACAGAGGACGCUUCAACCACUCCACCGUUGCGAUCAAGAUGCUCCCUUCUGUUUCCCUCCAACAGUUACAAUCCAAGGUAAGGCUUCUUGGUGACAUUAGGCAACCUCAUCUGGUUGCCAUGGUGGGCUUUUGCUCUGAGCCCAAAUGCGUAGUUUUGGAAUACAUGCGCAACGGGAGCUUGCGCGAUAUGCUCUUUUCUAGGAGAAAAAACCGGGCCAUACGAUGGCACGACCGAAUACGAAUAGCCGCAGAAGUUUGUUCGGGCCUGGGCUUUCUCAAUAGAGCCGAGCCGAGGCCUGUUAUUCAUUGUCACUUGACCCCAUCCAACAUCCUCCUAGACCGCAAUUUGGUUGCAAAAAUCACGGGCUUUGGGCUUCAUGAAUGCCAUGAUGAGCAGUGUAACGUCGAGUCAGAUUUGCGGGCCAUAGCGGUUUUAUUAAUGCAUCUUCUGACGGGAAGAAAUUGGACCGGGCUCGUUGAGGAAGUGAUGACAGUGGAUAUGGAUGGGGAGGCAUUGGCUAGUGUUCUUGAUGAGAUGGCUGGACAAUGGCCAUUGGAUCUGGCAAAGGAACUUGCGGGCCUAGCUAUGAGGUGCAUGUCAAUCAAAAGCAAGCCCAACUUAGAACUAAGCAUUGCAACGGUCUUAGAGGAACUCAAUGAGAUAAGAAAAAAGGGAGAUGAAAUAAUUGGAAGGGAAGGGCGAAAGGCAAUCAUUGGUGGAUGUAUAGAUAGAGAGUGUUCCAAUGAUGUGCCUAGUGUUUUCCUUUGCCCCAUACUUCAGGAGGUAAUGAAAAAUCCACACGUGGCAGCAGAUGGAUUUUCUUAUGAGCUGGAAGCAAUAGAACAUUGGCUGCAAUCAGGGCGUGACACAUCACCAAUGACAAAUUUGAGGCUGAAGCACACAUUCCUCACACCUAAUCACACUCUUCGUUCCCUAAUUGUGGACUGGCAGACCAACAAAUCACCUAGCGUUGCACAUUGAUACCCAAUUCUUUUUAGUUCAUUAGAUCGUAUGUACAGAGGGUUGUGACUUGUUUUUUAUGCCCAUUAUCACUGAUGAACCAUUACCUCCAAUUAAAAAGUUACCAAUUCAAUUAGCUAGUUGCUACAA